AUGAAUUCGUCGCAUUUAGUUUCCAAUGUAUUGCCCAAUCAUCAUAAUCAUCAUCACCAUGGUAAUGCAAUGCCUUCAAAUAUACAUCAACAACAACAACAACAGCAACAACAAUAUAAUUCCAAUUCUUCAACAUAUCCCAACAAGAUGCCUACAACAAUAACAUCAUCAUCAUCAUCAUUAUCAUCUUCGAACCACAACAAUGGCUGUGGUGGCAGUGAGUCAAAACAUUUAGCUCCAACAUGUUCAAGUUCGAUGGGAAAAACAAAUGCUCAGACUUCAAACACAGCAACAGUCGGCACAACGCACAUGGGGGCUGGUCCCAUCAAUACAACGAUACACUCGUCGUCAUCACCAAUGCCAUCGUCGUCGUCGUCGUCGUCGUCGACGUCGACGUCGUGUUCGCCAUCAAUCCCACAGCCCUCACAAGCAACACAACAUAAGUUUGCGCCUGCACGUAGGCUAGCCGCCAGACAAACUCUACGUUUGGCCAUACCCAAACAACAGGGUGACUUGUCUUUCUCUUCGUUGGCGAAUAAUAAUAAUGGCUGUGUUGUUGGUGGUGUACGACACUCUUCACCAUCACAACUGCCACCGGCUCCCAUUUUGAAACGCACUCCAGUGGUUAGCAGUGCCACACCACAUUCUCUCAUACCGAAGACCGCUUCCCCUUUGGAAUCGCAUAACCUACCCAAUGUUCAGUUGAAUAAUGGCCAUUGUGUCACAGCCACACCUUCGAGUGGCGGAAGCAGUACUCAAUUCCUAAGAGUACGCAAUCCCAGUAUUACUCUCAAUUCCACGGAUUUGUGCAAUAACAAUGAUUUUUUGGCUUUUGCCAAGGAAUUAUCAUCGCCAGCAAUGGGAGCACGAACAUCCAAUGGCAAUACCAGAGUUGCUGCAAUCAAAGUCUCUGCCGCAGGCAGGAAUGCCUCACACUCGGCUUUAAGAGUCGUCUCAGCACGAACAUCCAAUGGCAAUACCAGAGUUGCUGCAAUCAAAGUCUCUGCCGCAGGCAGGAAUGCCUCACACUCGGCUUUAAGAGUCGUCUCAGAGCAUUCUCCAAUUUUUGCUGAAAUCGCCUCAUCCAUCUCUCCAUCCACUACCAGUUCAGCAUCACCUUCCAAUCAUCUAAACCGAUUGUUUAGUCUGAGUCCUUCGUCAUUGAGGAACUAUGGAAAUUUUUCAUUUCACCAACUUGCCUGCUUACCUAAGAAAGUAGAUCAUUCAAUUAUUAUGGGCAAUCGUGUUAGUACGUUGUGGUGUAGAAAAUCAAAUUUGGCCAUAAAAACCAACAACGAAAGUGAGCAUAGCAGUGACCACAACCAAUCCAAAACCAAAACAAACGCCUUUACAUCUCACAAGAAACGUGAAUCGAAACGCAGAUUUCGCCAACGUCGUCUCUCGCUCAAUUGUAUGACACGUGAAGCGGAUACGCCACCAAAUAACGAAGAACCCGUUCAAAUACAUCGCAAUUCGAAUACCCUACCGCGGCGUUUAAAAUUGAAUACGGUCGACAGUUCAAAAGAAAGCCUAGCAAGUAGCCCAAACGAUACAAAAGUUGGUGAGAAUUCAGAAAUUCAGUUGCCAGAAGUUUCAAAUACAAAUUCAAGUGUUUUUCUUCCGGAAAUUCCCAUCAUUGCCAUAAGUGACGAAAAUAGUUGCGAAAAUUCUGUGGAUGUAGUGGAUGGCCCUUUGCCCAUACCCAGUGCCUUAUUUGGAAAUUUAAAAAAGACAGUGAAUGAUCAUACAAAGUUUUAA